UAUUGUCUCCUAAACCCUAAUUUCCACCUUCUUUUUCCGAAUCUUAAUUGUAAUCAUUAUGAUUUUCACUUUGAUAUUUGUUUUGCUGAUUUAUGCUCUUAUUGUAUCAUCUAUUGUUAAGUUAUGAUUUUUGAAUUGAAUUCAUUUUUAUAAAAACUUGAUUUUUUUGGGUAUCUGGUAAAUAUCAUGGAAAUGAAAGUUGUGAUUGUAUUGUUAGAAUUCGGAAAGAAAAUUUAUUAGGGUUUGUUAACAUUAUGAUUUUAAAUUGAAAAAUUAUCAAAGGUGUUUCUAGAUUAGUAAUAUGAGAUAUGCAAGUUAUGUUUUAGGAAAAUGUAGCUAGUGAAACUGAAACAGAUGUUUAUUAUGCGGCAUUGUCCUUUUGAUGUUGCAAAAAUAUGGAUCUUACAACUUACAAGUGGUAGUAGUAGUUUAUGGAAUUGCAUCAAAUGAGGGAGUGCAAGAACAAUGUAUUCUUCUCUCUAAGAGGUUUGGUUUGGUGGAAAACAUUUUCCUUGAAAACUAUUUUUGAAAUGGAAAAUGCAAAUGAUAAUAAAUUGUUCUUUGUUUGGACUUUGGGUUGAUGGUUGUUAAAAUAAUCUAGAAAAAUCUAGGAUUUUAAUUAAAUAUAAAAAUAUCUAAAUAAAAGAAUUAAAAAAUAAAAAUAUCUAAAAUAAAUAAAUAAUAUAAUGGAAGAUCUUAGAAAAGUAAUUAAAAAAUUAAAAAUAUCUAAGAUAUUUUAGUAAACUUGCACUAUAAAUACCCAUUGAUGUAAUCAAUUUUUAGAGCAAUGAAGAACAAUAUUCAUUCUACAUAUUCACUCAUCUUCCUCUCCAAAUAAAUCCAUUCAUUAUUUUACCAUCUAAAUUUUUCCUACAUUUGGUAUCAAGAGCUAAUUAAAACCAAGACCUCCAAACAACCUAAACACAUUAACCAACAUACUCCACAAUAAAAUAAAUCUCUAACCACAAAAUAAAAAAUGACCUCAACCACUAAUUACCCCCAAGUUAAUUGGGUUCCCACAUUUAAGGGAGAAAAAUAUGAACAAUGGGCUAUGCAAAUGAGGUCAAUAUUUAUCUCCCAAGAUUUAUGGGAAUUAGUACAAGAAAGUUACGAGCAACCACCCAAAGAUGACACUAAAGAGUCAUCUUGGGAUGAAACAAAAAUAAAACAAUAUAAACAAAAUAGGAUAAGGGAUAACUAUGCCCUAUCUCUAUUAUAUCGUGGAGUCGACGAGGCAAUACUUACAACGAUCAUGCUUGCAAAAACAGCUACGGAGGCUUGGAGGAUCCUGGAGACAAAAUACAGAGGUUCCGAAGAGCAAAAUGAAACAGAAAGCAUUAAAAGAAUGUGAUCAUUAUACUGCAAAGUAUGCUGAAUGUGCGUAUGGAAGGACUUUAUCUGUUGUUUGGAAGUGCAGGAAUCAAGCUAAAGAACUGAAUAGUUGCCUUCAUCAAUUUACCAAUGACUCAGUCCUGGAAGAAAUGAAGAAAGAAUACAUGCUCCAAGAGCAGGCCAAGAACUCUGCCAGAGUUUGAGCAUGUAAUGUGAUUCGAUGUAGUUCCUAAGCGAUUCGGGGUUUACUUAAUCUGUUUGUACAAAUCCCUUUCAAGAAUUCCUUGUUUUGAUCCUCACUGUACGUCUAGCAUUGGACUUAUGAUUUGUAGGUGUUCAGCAAUAUGCACUGUUGUUGAUCUACCGGUGAAGUUUUGGAAUGGCUAGAUAAUUGUACCGGGUCCGAAGUACUGUUGUUUUUGGUUGCCUUACACUUUUUCGCAGGAGCUUUUCAUGCAUCCUGAUUCCUAUUUGUAGAUGCACACUAUGUUCAACUCGGGAAUUUGUUUCCGACAUGGAUAUGUGUUCAAGUGUUGUAUUCGCCUAAUUUUACGGAAUUUCUAUUUUUGGGUCCGGAUUGAAGUUUUCUAUA